AUGGCCCGGGAGAACGGGGAGGGCAGCGCCUCCUGGAAGAAGCAAGCCGAGGACAUCAAGAAGAUCUUCGAGUUCAAGGAGACCCUGGGAACGGGUGCGUUUUCUGAAGUAGUUUUGGCUGAAGAGAGGGCUAGUGGAAAACUAUUUGCAGUCAAGUGCAUCCCCAAGAAAGCACUGAAGGGGAAGGAAAGCAGCAUAGAGAAUGAAAUCGCAGUCCUGAGAAAAAUAAAACAUGAAAAUAUAGUUGCACUGGAAGACAUAUAUGAGAGUCCAAACCACUUGUACCUGGUCAUGCAACUAGUGUCUGGAGGCGAGCUUUUCGACCGCAUAGUAGAGAAAGGAUUUUACACCGAGAAGGAUGCAAGCACUCUGAUACGGCAGGUCCUAGAUGCUGUCUACUACCUGCACAGAAUGGGCAUUGUGCAUCGAGAUCUCAAGCCUGAGAACCUGCUGUACUACAGCCAGGAUGAAGAAUCCAAAAUCAUGAUCAGUGACUUCGGAUUGUCAAAGAUGGAGGAUAAAGGAGACGUCAUGUCCACAGCGUGUGGAACCCCAGGAUAUGUUGCUCCUGAAGUGCUGGCCCAGAAACCCUACAGCAAAGCGGUGGAUUGUUGGUCUAUUGGGGUAAUUGCAUACAUUUUGCUCUGUGGAUAUCCUCCAUUUUAUGAUGAAAAUGACUCCAAGCUCUUUGAGCAGAUUCUUAAGGCGGAAUAUGAAUUUGACUCUCCAUAUUGGGAUGACAUCUCGGACUCUGCUAAAGAUUUUAUUCGGAAUUUGAUGGAGAAAGACCCUAACAAAAGAUAUACCUGUGAGCAAGCAGCCCGGCACCCAUGGAUUGCAGGGGACACCGCCCUCAGCAAAAAUAUCCAUGAGUCUGUCAGUGCUCAGAUCCGAAAGAACUUUGCAAAAAGCAAAUGGAGACAAGCAUUUAAUGCCACAGCAGUUGUGAGACAUAUGAGAAAGUUACAUCUUGGCAGUAGUUUGGACAGUUCAAAUGCAAGCGUGGCAAGCACCCUCAGCCUGGCCAAUCCACUUCCCGAUGGAACAACCAGGAAAGAUUGUAUGUCCCCAUCUGCUCUCUGUAGUUUUGUUUCAUCUGCUUCUUCGGGUAUUUCUGCAGUAGGAGGAGAACGGAGACCCAGGCCAACCACAGUAACAACAGUGCACACGGGGAGCAAGUGA